CGGAGCCAACAUUCCUUCGAUCCGAUCCGAUUUUGCACGAGAUCUUGUUCCAUGGAUCGCCGGGAAAGCGGAGAGAAAACGACGGCGACUGAAGCCUCAACCUCAACCACCACCACCACCACCACCACCACCGUGAAUACCGUGCCGCAAAUCUUAGCUUCAGAGGCUUUUAUCGUUAAUCUGUUUUGUGGGUUUGGCUUGGUUUUAGCAUUCUCUGUUGCUAGUAAUCGCUACACCAUCGAUCUCGUCACUGAUCCUUCUCGUACCCUCUUCUUCAUCUGGAUUAUAGAGCUUCCCGUUGUGAUCCUUAUUUACAGUCGCUAUCGUCAGAAUCGUCAACGAUGCUCGUACCUGAGAGCUGUUGGAAGAGGCCUUCUGGGAGUACCUGUUGGGGCACUAAUAAAUUCUUUAGGAGCUAUUGCUUUGGGGGCACCUGUUACCAUUCAGUAUCUGCCAAAGACUGUACAUUGGUCUCUUAUGAUGUCAUUGUUCACAACAAUUCCAGCAUCAUGUGUUCUUGGUUCAUCAUGGGCUGAUUGGCGACGUAUAUUUGCACAAACAAAGCCAAAUGGAUCUGUAGAGUAUUUGAUUUGUUUGCCAGCUCAUGGAGCAGUUAUUGGGGGCUGGUUUGGGGCUUGGCCAAUGCCACUUGAUUGGGAGAGGCCAUGGCAGGAAUGGCCUAUUUCUGUGAGCUAUGGAGCAAUAGCCGGUUACCUGGUGGCAAUGGUUGCUUCAUGUGGCUUUGUUCUUGUUCAUGGUAGAUCACAGCAUGCCAAACGAGACUGAAGUGCCAAGUGGCUGUUAUCACAAGCUUACUUUAUAACUAACGAGAAAUUUUGGUUUAUUUUCUUUUAGCUCUCGUACUGUGGAUUAUUCAUAACCUCACAUCUCUUUCUCCUCCUCUAUGUUUCAAAAAGCUUAGGAACUAUAGUGACGUAUUAUUAUUGGUUUUGCUGACUAUAACAAAUACAUUAGCAUUUCUAAUUUAAAUCUUGUAUACA